CUGACGAACACCAUAUAAAUGAGUCAGACUAUACCAAUAGUCAUUGUGUGUAUGUGCAAAUAGUUGCAACGGAAUUCGAGUCUCAGGCAAGCUCACUCUCAGCUUCAAAAGAGGCUUCUUAAAUAUCUGUCGAAAUGCACAGUGUCUAAAAUUUGGUCAAGUAGUCGGUUGAGAGCCUCGCUGUUUUCGACCUCUCAUUGGAAAGAGACUCGAAUCUCAAAAGCACUGUGCAUUGCGUAGUUCGAGUUGGGCUGGUCGCGACUGCCGCAACAAGCCAACUCCUGCGCCUGUCGUCCUGCUACCUAACUUUUCUUCGCCGCUGACCACUGACUGUUCCUUGAGCCGUCACCCCAACAUGGACGAACACUCACUUUCUCUGCCGCAGCCUCCGCCGGCCAAGCGCAUCAGACUGGACGACGACAAUACGUUGGCUGAUGAAGAUGAAGGUCCAGGAGAUGCAGCUCGGCCUGAGACCUUCUUUGAUUGCUACAACAUGGGCGACAGAAAGACUGCUGGUUACCUGGGCUUCUCAAACACAUCAGAAUUACAUGUCUGCUCAGUCUCCUGGCCAUUACUGCGUGCUACGGCUGCGAUACACCCCAUCGCGCACAAGCUCAACAAGGAGCUGGCACUCGGUCUGAUCCGCGAUGCUCCACGUUCUGCAACCUCGGCUGUUAUCCUCAAAAGUUGGUCCCUACUCGAUUCUGAUGGCAAAGGUCUCUCGAAUCUUCGAAAAGCUGAGCAUCUCGCCAUCGUACUGAUCAAUCUGAAAUCCGAUCUGGCCCGCAUGGUCGCCGCUUCAGAUAAUACCAACCAAUUGCAGCACGCACAUGAUUGUCAAAAGUUCCGCACAGUCUACCCCUCGCAUCUUUGUCCCCCUCAGAUCAGCUACCCUGUCAAAUCUCCCUUGUUGGCACCCUCGGAUGGAGAGGACUUCCUCGAGUCCUACAAUAGGUGCUUCUCCCUCCUCCGACACAUGCGAAACAUCCUCAAGAGUUCCGUCUACGACACCAGAUACAAUACCGAUAAAUUCAAGUCUGGUCAAUACGUCGACGAAAAGCAUAAACCAGCAUGGAUGCGCGCACAAGGCUCCGGUGCGCCUCCCAUCACACAGCCACAGCAUGGUCUCGAUUCGCCGCCGCAAUCGCGGCGCCCUUCCGCCGUCAACGAAACUCACAAACCAUGGAUACCUACUCGUCCACGAGGGCUUAGCAAGUCCCCCACCUCACAGUACGCCCUUGGGUCGGCGUCGCAGCCGAGCCCUGCCGCCGUCAAAGAACGCGAGCCAUCCGCGAACUACCAAUUCAGCUUCUCUGCGAUUCACAGCAUUGAGAUCAACCCAAGCUGCGAGCCCCCGCCGAUCUCUAGGUCUUUUGCUAUCUUGUGGGAUCACACGAUUGAGCCUGACUACCUAAAGCCCGGACUCAAGCGUGCUAUGGAUCGAGCUAAGGCUACCGGUGCCCAUCUGCCCUCCAAACUCCAAAAGCUGAAGAAGGAUCCAUGCGACAUGAACAGGGAGACACUGUUUUACGAACAAAUCCGUGCUCAAUUCGAGUGCCGUGCUCUGGGUAUCGAUUUGGGCAAGCUUUUGUUACAGUACAAUAGCUCUACGUUCGGUGAAAGCAUUCUUGUGACGCAAAACCUGGAGGAUGAGGCAUGGUCGGAUACACAGGCUGCUCUCGCAGAUUCUGAUAAUGACAAAUUCGUCUUCAGAGUCGGAUUCUUCGCUCUGAACAACGACGACGACGACGGAUGAAUUCUCACUGGUCGACCCGGGGGUUUGAACGAAUCCGUGCCUUGCAACAGACAUGCUCAUAUUAGGAGAUUAGAUAGCUUCGAUACACAGGUCCUCCAAUCGAGCGCUUAUUGAAGCAGUAUCUCACAUCACUGGUGUCCACUUGAGAGCCCCAAGACUCUUUGCUGCCUGUGUGACCCUGUUCCUACUUUUGC